AUGGUGUUAAUUCCACUUCUCGUUUUGCUAAUCCAUCUACUUUCUUGUAUCUUAGUGGGAUCCCAAAACUUCACCUUCCCAUCGUUUGAUUCGUCAAGUUGUGAAAACAGAAGCAACUUGAUAUGUUUGGGAUCAGUAACUUGUGCCAAUGGAAGCCUAACCAUCACCCCGGACGAGGCGCAAGAGACGAGCCUUGUGGGACGGGUUCUAUUCCGUUACCCUAUUCUUGCAUGGCCGUCGUCCUUCUCCACCACCUUCACCAUCAGAAUCACGUCGGGUUCAAAUGUAUCCGGUGAUGGGAUGGCGUUCAUCAUCGCACAAGAUGACAAGCCAUCGCCACCGGAUAGCUACGGCUCCUACAUAGGCCUCAUGGAUCCUUCAACAGAAGGGUUUUUACGACAACUAGCUGUGGAGUUCGACACCUACAAGAACCCUCGAGACAUAGACAAGAACCACAUCGCCAUCGACACCACUGAUGUCGAGCAUCCGGUGGCUGUAAGAAGCCUAAAUGAUGUAGGGAUUGAUCUUAAAAGUGGGAGAAACAUUAGAAUCAAGAUCGAAUACGAUGGCCUCAAAAAAAUGCUUCAAGUACACGUGGCGUAUGCAAACGAACCUAUGGUGAGCUUCUUGAAGCAUAAGAUCGCCAUGGAAGACACCGUUCCACAGCAAGCCUACGUGGGCUUCACCGGCUCAACCGGCCAUAUAUCCGAAACUCACCAGAUUCUUGAUUGGAAUUUCACUUUGUAUGCAUUGCCAGAGGACUCCCUGAAUCAGGGAAUUGGUGGUAACAAGCCUACAACAGUAUUGCACAUUCUAAUCCCAACUCUUGUGGUGCUAGCACUUGCUGCUAUCCUGAUCUUGGCUGCUGCUAGGAGGAGACGUAAGGCGAGGCGCGAGGGGUGGAGAGACAUUGAAAACUUGGCCAAGAAUGCAGCCAAUGUUCCUAAGUUCUUCACAUACAAGCAGCUGGAAAAGGCUACACGCGGCUUUAGCAAAGAAAAUCUGCUUGGAAUAGGCGGAUUCGGAAGUGUUUACAAAGGCGUUUUGCCUGAUUCUACCAUUGCUGUCAAAAAAAUCAAUGCAACUUCAAGCCAAGGUGAGAAGGAGUACUUAGCGGAGAUUUGCACGAUAGGGCGUUUGAGGCAUAAGAAUCUGGUGCAGCUACUAGGGUGGUGCCAUGACCGGAAACAGCUACUACUCGUGUACGAAUACAUGCCAAACGGGAGCCUGGACCGUUACAUAGGCAAAGAGUUUCUAAAUUGGGAAAGUAGGUUCAAGAUUCUAUCAGGGCUUGCCUCUGUUUUGUUGUACCUUCACGAGGAGUGUGACAAUCUUGUAGUCCAUAGAGAUGUGAAGCCGAACAAUGUGAUGCUUGAUUCCAACUACAAUGCUCAUCUAGGUGACUUUGGCCUAGCAAGGUUGCUCGGAGACGAUGCUUUUGUGACGACCAUGGUUGCUGGAACGAUAGGCUAUUUGGCACCCGAGGUCAGCUACACUGGCCGGGCCACCCCUGAGUCGGACGUCUACAGCUUCGGGAUGGUGGUGCUUGAGGUGGUGUGCGGGAGGAGGUCGAGGGGUGUGAUGGAGGAGUUUAGUUUGGUGGAUUCUGUGUGGAGUUUGCACGAGAAGGGCGCGUUGAUCUCGUGCGUGGAUCAGGCAUUGAGGGGCCGGUGUGACGAGGAGCAAGUGAGGAGGAGUUUGGUUGUGGGGUUGGCUUGUUUGAACCCUAAUCAAAUGGAGAGGCCUAAGAUGAGGAAAGUAGUGCAAGUUUUUCUCAAUGGUGACGAGCCGUUGAUGGAGGUGCCCUUGGCAAGGCCGACUGAGGUUUGCUUGUCGUUGCCGUCUUCCUCGGCCGAGCUCGGGUGCUUUAGGGUUUCCGGUGGAGGGUCGCCCGACGAGAUCACUAUACAGUAUGAUGGAUGCUAUACCAAGUGA